AUGCCUCCCCAAAAGCGAAACGAGUUUCUUGAAGCUUCCGACAGCGAAGAUGACGUGCCGAACUACGACUCCGACGACGACCUGAAGAAGGGUGGCCGUAGCACCAAGAGGCGCAAGGUGGACCAGUCGGAUGAAGGAAGCGAAGCCGGGCUCUCAGACAGCCAUGACGGACCAGUGCAAGACGACGACGACGACGAAGAUGACGAAGCCGACAAUGACGGAACACCUGAGGAUGACCCCUCAUCGUCCAAGGGCAAGACGAAAGCCAGCAAGGAGCGACGGGCAGCCGCGGAUGACCUCCCGGACAUAACGAGCGGCGGCAACCCGCUGAGGAAAAACUUGGUGGUGACGGAGUCGGCCAUCAAGAAGUCCGGGGUUGUGUACAUGUCGCGCGUGCCGCCGUUCAUGAAGCCGGUCAAGCUGCGGUCCCUGCUCGAGCGCUUCGGCCGCAUCAACCGCAUAUUCCUAGCGCCCGAGGACCCGACAUCGCACGCGCGCCGCGUGCGGUCCGGCGGCAACAAGAAGCGCCUCUACACCGAGGGCUGGGUCGAAUUCGUGCGCAAGAAGGAUGCCAAGGCCGUCUGCGAGCUGCUCAACGCCCAGAACAUCGGCGGCAAGAAGGGAAACUACUAUCACGACGACAUCUGGAACCUGCUCUACCUCCGGGGCUUCAAGUGGCACAACCUGACCGAGCAGAUCUCGGCCGAGAACGCCGAGCGGACCAGCCGCAUGCGCGCUGAGAUCAGCAAGUCCUCCAAGGAGAACAAGGAGUUUGUCAGGAACAUUGAGAAGGCCAAGAUGCUGGACGGCAUGGAGGCCAAGGCCAGGGCCAAGAAGAGGAAGCCGGAGGACCAGGAUGGACCUGCGCCUGCGUCUGCCUCCGAGCCUGUCCUGGCUGCCGCAGACGGUGGGAAGUCUGCGAGUGGUGGUGCUGCCGGACUCACCAGGUCGUUUAAGCAGAUUCCUCUGGCAAAGAAGGGACGUGAUGGUGAUGCACGGCCGGAGCAUGUCACUAGGAUUCUGAGUAAAAUCUUCUAG